AUGGAAGUGUCGUCGCCCAAGUUACGUUCUGUUGCUGGUGUUAUGCUUAUCGUGCCCUGGUCGAUGGGCAUGGUUGCAUGGGGGGGACUCGCCUACCUGCUGAGAGAGUGGCGGAUGCUGCAGCUCACAGUCUCUCUCACCUGCUUCAUCUUCCUCCCCGUAUUGCUGUUCAUUGACGAGUCACCAAGGUGGUUGGCCGUGCAGGGACGUCAUCAACAAGCAAUUAAGGUACUGCAGAAAGCUGCCCGCUGGAACAACAUCUCUCUGCCUCCCGAACAACAGCUACUGGACUGUCUCGCUGGUGAGGGCGAGAACACUCGACGGGUGGAAGGUAACAGACGGAAGAACACGAGCACCAGUAUGAUUCUGGCCAUCAAGAACCUCCUUGCAGAAGCUACGAUUCUUUUCAGAACACCGAGGCUGCGACACAUAACUCUGAGCUGUUACUUCACCUUCUUCGUGGUGGCCAUGGUGUAUUUUGGCCUGAGUCUGAGUGGUGGGAACUACACCUCUGACCCUUUCACUUACAUGGCUCUGUCUGGGGCAGUGGAGAUGACAGUUAUACCAGCGAUACCACUUAUAAUUCGCGUGGGACGCAAAACCUUGGCCAUCCUCUCCUUCCUGCUUACUGGAGUUGCUCUUCUUGCUUUGUCCGCCAUACCUUCAGACAUCGAGUGGUUGAUCGUGACAGUGGCCAUGAUUGGCAAGCUGUCAAUCAACUUUGCCUUCAAUGUCAUCAUGCUCUUGGCUUCUGAACUCUUCCCGACGGAGGUGCGGAUACGUGGCUUGGGUACCUCGUUCAUGGUGUCAAGGCUGGGUGCCAUAGUAGCUCCAGUUGUCACUGAUUAUCUGGUGUUGAUACACGCCUGGCUGCCUUCAGUUGUGUUCGGUGUAGCAUCAGUGGUGGCAGGGUUGGUCACCUUCACCUUACCUGAGACACUGAAUGUCACUCUGUUAGACACCGUCUCAGAGCUGGAGGCACCACUCAUAAAUACACAUCAAGACAGAAAGGUUCAUGACCAUCAGAUUGAUUCAGCAGAACCAAUGCCAGGCUCUAACUAUUUACUGGAGAAGAAUGACCGGUUGAUUAUUGCAACAGAGCCAACACAGCUCUAACCAUCGAGUGAAGAAGGAAAACCAGUUAUAUUUCAACAGAGCCAACAAUGAGCUUUAACCAUUCACCAAAGAAGCAGACAAACCACAAAUGUGUCACAGCUCCAGGGGCAGACUCAACUUCCAGGGAAGAAGAAAUUAAAAUAUAAAUACCUACUCACAUCAAAUACAUACAAGUGGACGUUCUUGAAUCUCUACUGCUGCUCUCCUCUUCAAGGGGGGCUCCUUCACGUGGUGAAGAGGCUCUUGGUCUGAGGAAUUAGACCUGUCGGUCUCCUUCCUCAGACCGAACCUAGUUACCCCCCAAUCCCCCCUUCCCUCUCCUAUCCUCCCCUUUUUCCUUUCCUCCCCACCCCCUCCCUUUUGCCCUUCCUUUUUGGCCUUUGGGAUUUUUUCCCACAGGCACGCUAGUUCCUAGGUAGAGGAAAGGGUACCGGGGUCCAUCCCACUCCGUUGAGGUUCUUGGCAGUGGCGUAGUUUGCCGUGGAAUCUGGAUUGCCUGGGGAUGUCCCGAUCCCUCUCCGGUAUCCCAGAGGGUGGCUUUGGGUAUCUUUUGGACGACGGGUGUAUCUCUGGAAGCCACCUUUCAGAUUCUGGGGGUGGUGGCCGAAGGAGGUAUGCUUUGUGGUGGAUAUCCGGCCGCCCUCUCUUUUGUCCACUGAGGUAGCUCGGCAGAUGUGAGGUUGCUAUCCCAGAUUGCUGGUUUACUGGCAUGAUGGGUAGGGUAUGGCAUGGGUUCCAUGCUUCAUCUGCACUACUUGCGAUGCUGAGGUCCUCUUGGGCACGGAGGGAGAUUUCUGACCCUUUCAUUCCUCCUAGGAACUAUCCCUCCCCAGUCCCCCCUUUUUUUAUUCUUUUUUUAUUUUUAUUUUAUUUUCUUCUUUCUUUUUUUUUUAAAAACAAAAAGAAAGAAGUAACCUAACCAUGGAGUACCCGAUCCAUGACCCCGCUACCCCCGGGCCCCUUAUUGUUACCGUACCCCGUUCUGACCUCGCCUCAUCUUUUGGCCACUCUUCGGACAUUCCUAAGGCCCCUGUACCUCUUGCUGGUGCUGUUUCCUCACCUGCUUCAGGUACCGGGGCUUCCACUGACUCCUUCGAUUUGUCUGACCUCCGCUCUCCUUUGACUAUGCUUCCGGCUUCUCCCUCUAUGAUGCAGCGAUUUUCGAAUCGCCAGCCCGUCCCACAUCAGACCGACUCUGGUCCCACUUCUAAACGUCAACGACAAUCUCCUAAUGAUGUUACUUCGUUACCUUCCCUUUCUACUCGGAAAAGACCGACACGUCAUGCACUCCCUCUCCACACUCAGUUUCAGACAACACAAUGGACUAAAUUCUUUACAUUAAGACCGACUUCUUCGACUGCCUAUCUUUCCAACCAUAGUAUUGGCAAAGCGCUCCUAUGCCAUGUUGGUAGAGAUAUUUCCUUUCAUGCUCUUAAGUGUGGUACGCGCAUCAUCACAGUCCAGAAUUCUACCCAAGCUCAUGAUCUUUCUCUUAUUUCACAUAUCGAUACUAUUCCUAUCACUAUCAAAAAACAUCAUUCCCUCAAUUCUUGUAGUGGUACUGUUAUUCUGCCCCCUACCAUGUCCAACAGAAUUUCCAGACAUUGGGCACUGACAUUCUCGAACAGCUGGAACUCCAAGAUCUCCCAAUUCUCAGGGUAGACACUUA